AUGGCAAUAUUCGACCCCUUUGGAUUUUUAGCCGACUUUUUGAUUUUUUCAAAAAUCCUGGUUCAAGAAUGUUGGAAAGUAAGCAUUGACUGGGAUGACCCAAUACCUACUGAGCUACAUAUCAAAUGGUCUGCAUGGUGGAACGAGUUUCAACAGGUAAAAGCCUUUCAAAUAUCACGAUGUUAUUCGCCGCAUAUCCGCCUUUCAAACAACACCGAGCUGCACGUAUUCGUAGAUGCCAGCCAAAGUGCCUUUGCAGCCGUUGGUUAUUUUCGUAUUGUCACAGAAAACCGAAUUGAAUUAAGCUUUGUAGCAGGAAAAACUAGAACUGCCCCUAAGAAAUUGAUGUCCGUUCCUAGACUGGAGCUACAAGCAGCCAUACUUGGUUUACGUCUAAGCAGGUCCAUCAUUCAAAGUCACGAGAUCAAAAUAGCGAAAACAAUUUUCUGGAGCGAUUCCCCAACCGUACUCUACUGGAUUCACUCACAUGAACGUAGGUACAAACCCUUUGUUGGCCACCGAAUUUCGGAAAUCAUUAGCAACACCGAUCCGAACCAAUGGCGCUGGGUGCCAACUUCAGAUAACUCAGCAGAUGCAGCCACUCGCCCUACGUUCCCACCGAAAUUCAACUGCAGUAGUCGAUGGAUUCAGGGACCUGAUUUUUUGAAAGACAACGAACAACAUUGGCCAGCGUUCCAGUUAGAAAAAACAAACAUAGCAUCCGAAGAAGAAAUCCAAACGAAGACAGUCUUAUGUUGCCAGGCGAGUAGACCUUUUAUUCAAUUUACUAAGUAUUCUUCUUAUUUUAAGCUAAAACGAGUAACCGCAUGGGUGGUAAGAUUUGCGAAAAUUAAGGCAAAAAUCGACGUACCGAAAGGCCCUCUCUUAGUUUCUGAUAUGGUGGCUGCGGAGCAGUUCAUUUGCCGAAUCGUCCAAAAAGAAGAAUACCGUCUUGAGAUAGCCGCUUUGAAAGGGGGUAAACCUAUUUCUAAAUCCAGUUCAAUUUAUGCCCUGACGCCGUAUUUGGACGAAAAAGGUUUUCUGAGAAUUCAAGGCCGAUUAGAUGAAGCACUUUGUCUACCAUACAGUGCACGAAGACCCAUAAUACUGCCACAAAAUCAUACAGUAUCUCGACUUAUUGCUGAAAGUUUCCACCGGAGGUAUCACCACCAAAAUGUCGCUGUCUUUAUCAACCAAAUCCGUCAAAUAUUCUGGAUGCCUCGCUUAAAAACUAUCUUAAAAGAUGUACAAAAGGAGUGUUCAAUAUGUAAGAUUGACAGAGCCGCCCCAAAACCGCCUUUAAUGGGACAACUACCUACCGACCAUACAGGUGUUGAUCUAUUUGGACCCUUGAAUGUAUCUAUAGGGCGACGCCGUGAGAAAAGGUGGGUGGUCAUAUUCACAUGCCUUACCAUCCGAGCAGCACAUUUCGAAAUUGCCGAAAGCUUAUCAACAAACGCUUUCAUAAUAUGCCUGAAGAACUUCAUCAACCGUCGUGGGUCACCAGUGUCCAUUCGAUGCGAUAAUGGCACCAAUUUCAUCGGUGCACAGAGGGAAUUGAAGAAAAAUGAAUGUCUCUUGGACACCGAUCGAAUUAUAGACGAAUCCACCAAACAAAAUAUCGAGUGGAUCUUCAAUUGCCCUGCAAACGACUUAUCAAAAUUGUGA